CUCGUCCUCCGGGCUCAAGCUCUUCGGUGGCGGUCGAGUUCGGCCAAAGCCUGCUGGGGCCGGCACGCCGACCCAUGGCCCCAUGACGACGGCCUGCAGCAACGAGACCCGGCCAAAAUCGAUCCGCAACCGAGGAGCAAUCGACAACGACGUUCUAAGUUCCGCCUUUUUGAGCACCGUCUCCCCUGCGACGAGAGAUCAGAGGUGUAGAGCGCAGAGAACGACCCCAUGCGAUCCGCAUCAUGCUUCAAGCAGGAGCCUCAAAUCACUGGCCCCUGCUCGUCACGAUAGCGUUGAGCGCACAAUCCUCCGUCGGCUGACUGGGAACCCAUCUGCUGCAGAUGUCCAAACAACAAACCUGCUCUCCCAGUCAGCCAGAUGUUGAGCCCCCCGGUCCGGCCCCCACUUGGAAGACAUCGUGUUUCCUAGCCCCUUGGCUGGGACACACAUAGUCUGGAAGUGGCCGCGUUGUCGGAUCAGGAUACCUGUCUGACCCACACUGCAAGAGCUUCGCCCGUGAUCACCUUUUUAGGGACCCCACCGGCACGAUCUUGCAGUGGUCGUGUCUUGUCGGACAAAGCCCGUCUGGCCCCGCUGGAAGGCCUCGUGCAUCAACACAUCCACACACCUACUAAUAGCACUGGAUGAGCACGGCCUGGAAGCCGGAGAUGUCGGACGGGACCGUCUUCCGCAGAAAGUUUAGACGACGCCACGCCCGGUCCCUUUAUAUCCCAGCCAGGGGGAGAUGCAUGCCCGGAACACAAUGCACGCAUGUCUUUGGGAGAAAAGCACACGACGACAAUCCGGACCGGAGUUAUUUUACGCUCGGUCUCGCGCGCACAUGGAAGCGUUGACUCUCCACCGGAAGUCUAUCCCUCUGCCCCGCCACGGCCCGCAACGCUCGCUGCUUGUUGUCGAGCGCCGUGGUUUGUGCGGCGGAGGGAGCUGGAGGUGAUGCGAGUCCGCUGGAAUGGGAGACACGCGGAUCUUUGAGAGGAGAAUGAUGGAGCGUUGUCCUGGACGCGUUGAAGACGGACCUAAGCCAGCCCCUCAUAAUGCCGAGAGUGGGGCAAUCUUUUUUUUUUACUUUUCUUUUUUCGUGCCUGAUGAAGCACAUGGGAAGAGACUGUUGAUGGCUGUCUGCUUGUCCGCUAGUCUUGGAAACUGUGUGGAGGGUCCCUUGUCAGAGUGCCUGGACCUUUUCGUGGUACAAGGGAUUAGAUGCACUCAUUGCCUGCAAUGUACAGUGAUCGACAAACACAGGCAGUUAAAUUCCCACAGAUGAAUGAAUGUUUGCUUUCUACAUGGGCCUGAGCUGCCACUGCCGAUGACUGGCUUACAGACAAACCUGGUCAACCAAAGGUGGUCAGCCCUGAAAAUGUGAGCCUACAACCAGAAUCCAGCACAGUUGAUGCUCGGAGAAGGACCAGCCCUGCAGCUGAUCUGCCAACAAAGCAGCUGGGAUCAUGGCCUUUGUAAAGAGAGAUCACCGAGUAAUGUCGUAGGCAAUCUUCAGCCAUGCUCGCCUCGGAGCAGCAAGCAGCAUUGGGUUGUUGGGUUGUUAGGGUCCAGGGUUGGGUGUGAUGAUUCUUGGAGCUAGCAUUUUCCAUAGCCGCUCCAUGGCGCGCUAGCAGGGGUACCCAUGUCCAGCCACCACGGCCCGGCCCACUCCACCACAAAAUUUCUGCAGUGGCUGAGUGGAUCGCGCAUAUGGCCACAAUUUCCACGCCCGCUUCCAACAAGACAAGGCGUCUUUCGAGACGCCCGGCUAGCUCAAUCGGUAGAGCGUGAGACUCUUAAGGACCUCGUGAGGGUCUGAAUAGCCUCAUGAUUCUGACAGAGACCAAUCUCAAGGUUGUGGGUUCGACCCCCACGUCGGGCUCAAUUCCCGGCGAUCAUCGCCUCCUCUUUUGUCUUUUUGCUGGUUGUGGCGGGUGAGGGCAUCGUGGGUGCUGUGGGGGCGAACUAGGCGGCAUGCUGAGAUGUCCAUCUGUCUUGUCUCCAUUGUCCCCCAGAGACUAGCAGGGCCUUCGAUUUUGAUGUGUUGAUGAUCUGUUUGAUGCCGGCCUGGCACCAGUUGCUACUCCCUGACGGUGGACACUGGAAGGAGUACUGGGAAGUGGUAUCAGAUCAGUCCUCGACAAUCCUGAGGACCGCAAAGCUGACUUGUGCCUGACGUUUAGAUUUGCUUGGGUUGACGGGCGAGCCACGGCGAAGACGCAGUCCAAAGGGUAGGUAGGUAUGGUAUGGAGCGCUCGCGUGGCUGUCCACGUGCAUACCAGCGACGUGUGAAUCCGGGGCCGAGCUCCGAUAUCAACCAUCGUUCGGCACCCUCUGAGGUCAUAUUCGAAUGCCCAGCAACAUGUGGGUUGCACAUCUGCAUAGCAUGGAAGACAGACUCGGCUGCAGCACCGGCUCUCCGCUGCCUCGUGUUGAUCUGAGGCCUCUCAACAUUGGGCAGAGACCCCAUAGCUUGGCCUGGAUAGAUCGGGUCUCCUUCUUGGGACGUCGCUCUGCCCUUGCAGCAGGUCACUAAUAGAUAGGUUGUGGCAAUAUCGGGUCAUGCUUGAUGCCCUCGGAACCUGCAUCUGCAAACGUUCCUCGAGGUGGGUGCGCAGUGCCGUGUCCAACGGGUAUGAUCAAUUUGGAGGAGCACUCGUCAAUCCAAGCGGAGCAACGGGACAACACUCCUGCCAGAUGAAUGAGGUGAGAGCUCACAUAACUCCCUAGGCAUUGAUGGUCCAGGUGUUGAAGAGCGUCUGUCUGUCCAUUCGGUCUGUUUCAGGGCGAAGAUGGGGUCGACGUCGUCCUCCCCCACCACUGGCAAGCUCCAACAGCUUGAACGGCCUACCUAUGUAUCUAGGUACUCAAGUACCUAGGUACCUGGUACCUAAUAACUGGGCCCUUGGAAGCCCGCCCAUAGGCAAAUGCCACCCCUAUUGAGACCGCAUUCCGGCUGUCAGCUGCACUGUGACCUCUACGAGCCGCAAUCCGCCCUCAACCUCGGGCCCCACCCCUGUCCCUUGGCAGCUUGUCUGCCGAGAACACCUCUCGGGCUGGUCCCUUUGUGACACCGUCGACUUGUCCGUUCGAGGUGGCUUAGCUUUCCUAGGUCCGCCAGAUCCCUUAUUCAGGUCACUUCGCCUCUGCGGGAACCAUGUUGGCCUGCGCGCUCCAAGUUUCCAGCACCGCAUCUCUAUUGUCUCCAUUUCGGACCGCAGCAUGGAUAAUCUGACCCAGCUUGCGACCGACAUCUCCUGGUCUUCCCUCCCGACAGAAUGGCUCCUGGCUGAGCUCGCGAAGCGUGACGAUGUGGCCGACACAAAGCCAGAGUGCGGCUCGGGCAAGAAGGGAUCCUACGACACAUUCAUGCACGUCGCCGCCCUGAUCCUGAUUCUGGCCUUGAGCACAAUAUCUUGCGGAUUCCCCCUGAUAUCCAGCCACUCCCGCAGCCGACGCUCCAGCAACAUCGUCUUCUACUCGCAGCACUUCGGCACCGGCGUUCUGAUCGCUACCGCCUUCGUCCACCUCCUCCCGACCGCCUUCCAGUCUCUCACCGACCCAUGCCUCCCGUACUUCUUCAGCAAGGGCUACAAGCCCUUGCCCGGGUUCAUAGCCAUGUUUUCAGCCAUGGUGGUGGUGGCCAUUGAGUCCUACCUGACAACGCGGGGUGCUGGACAUUCUCACUCGCACAUGUGGGGAGGCGACGAGAGCGAUGACGAGCAUGUGACCCAUCACGGGCAAGGUGGAGGUAUCCUGGCAGCUAGGCGCGGCCUGAACCGACCGACCAACAUCGCAUUGGAGGAUCUGGGAGCUUCCGAGGGGCUGAUGGCUGGCGCAUCUCCGCUUCCAGAGUCAACACCUACACUGCAAAUAAAUGGCAAGAGCCACGGCGAGGCCGGCGAGUUAAGAGGAGGGAGAGCGAGGGACAGUGACGAUGACGACGAUCUGGAUCGGGAAUCGAUGGAUCUGGAGCUGAACAUAGACGAGCUCUCGACAGUGCCCCUCGAUGGCGGCAAUAGAUCCUUGAUGAAGCCCGAUCCCUCGUCCACGAGCCCCGCCGCGCCUCACAUACCACCAGGUCCGGACGAGCAGAGGCGGCUAAUGCUGCAGUGUCUGCUCCUCGAGGCCGGUAUCCUUUUUCACAGCGUUUUCAUCGGGAUGGCCAUAUCUGUCGCCACAGGCCCGCCAUUCGUGGUCUUCCUCGUAGCCAUUGCCUUCCAUCAAACCUUUGAGGGCCUUGCGCUCGGGUCGAGAAUAGCGGGACUACACCUCCCCAAAUCAUCGCCUCGGCCGUGGCUCAUGGUCCUGGCCUACGGCACGACCACCCCCAUCGGCCAGGCCAUCGGGCUUAUCGUGCAUAACUUUUACGACCCGAUGAGCCAGACGGGCCUGCUCAUGGGUCAGUAUCACCUUCUCCCUUACGAGUCCCCGUCUUUCAUGUUUUGGAAUGUUCUUGACUGCAGCACUUUAGGAUUCUUGGGCAAAACUAACGUACCACUAGUCGGCUUCAUGAAUGCCAUUUCGAGCGGCCUGCUGCUCUUUGCGGGGCUGGUGCAGCUGCUGGCGGAGGACUUUUUGACGGAAAAGAGCUACAAGACCCUGCAUGGGCGUAGGAGAGUCAAUGCAUUCAUGGCUGUGGUGGGAGGAUCUUUGCUGAUGGCGCUUGUUGGUGCGUUUGCAUGAGCCUGGAUUAGGGCAGUGGAGUUUUAGGGUUCGAAAUGCCAACUCUGAAGCACGGCGUUGGUGGCAAAUCCAGUUACAAUACCUCCUAUAUAGAAAUCAUGCUGUGGUGUCUCAUGGACGGUUAUCUGCACCGGUGUUACUCGAUUCAAAGCUUGGAAUCUCCUUGGAUGACCCUUAAGAUGUUGUGCCAUUGGGUCUGAUCUUCCGCAACGAUGGCCGGCAUCUCAGCAAUGGCUACAAACUCGAGAGCCGCGUUAUCGGCGCUCAUUCCUCGUACGGAACCGCUACUCAUCCACGUUCCUGCGCGGUGCAGAACAUUCGCUCCUGGAAUACAGCAACCUCAAAUAUCUCCAAUAUCUCAACCACUGACAGGCGCAGCAUGAAGCUCUAUCCCGAAAGCCCCAGGGUAUUCACUUUCUUGGCUGUCUAUCAAUGAUAGUCACGAGCGAUGCAUGAGUCCAAGCUACUGCACAUGUGACCAUCCAACCUCAUAUGUGAUCACCCCUACCAUAGAACACCGUCUCUGCUGGAUUUGACCCAAGGUAGGGGCAUGAUAGCCUGCCCAGGUGGCAGCCUAGAGAAGGAUACUGGAAAGAAGGUUGUCAUAUUCAAUGAUAAUAAGUAUCCAGUGGCAGGGAGAAGGAACCAACUUGCAGGAAUGUAGAGGAAAACUGUCAUUGACAGUUGUC